AAUGGUUGAACUUAAAUUUAAAUACGAUGUUUUACUAUACAUCGUCAUAUCAUUAAGUUGUUUCAUUCCAAUUUCUAUACAACAAGCAUAUGAUGAUGGGGAUGGAAGUUUAUUAGAUGAUGUACCUCCGAUAUGGAUAUGUAAUGGAACGGAUCUUAAAACUCGUUCAUAUGAUGGGACCUGCAACAACUUGGUGCAUACCAAUUGGGGUGCUCCAAAUCGUGUAUUUGAUCGUGGGUUCUUUGACCCAUAUUAUGAUGAUUAUUUCACCGGUUCCCCCGUAUCAUUAAUUGACACUAGACUUAUAAGUAAUUUGUUGGCGGAUAGCGGUCAACCCCCUUCAUUUACCGGAAACCCAUUGGGCGAUGAUAUUUUAACCACCACCAGGAAGACUGUAUUUGAAACGUUCUUUGGACAAUUUAUUAAUCAUGACCUUGAGGAAGCUGCGACUCAAAGUGACGUACCUGGUUUCGUUAUCGCCGAUACAUCUGCCGACCCUGUAUUUAACAACCAGAGCAAUAACAUGUGGAAUCCUACUCAAAGCCCAUAUAUGACGAUAACCCUUUCACUUGGAAGAAUAAUAAAUUCAACGCUCUACCCAGUGAAUAAAGGAAACUCAUACCUUGACCUCUCCAACAUAUACGCAAAUAAUGAUGAUGAUGCGAUGAAAUUACGAACUCGAGAAAAUGGGAUGAUGAGUUUGUCGAAUUAUGUGACAAACGGUGGUGUAUAUAAUAAAGCGAUAUUAAACACUACGGUAGCGAACAUGGCACCAAGCCCACAGGAGACGGAUAUAUUUCCAAAUUUAUCUGCACCGCAAAUCAACGUUUUGGAUGCGAUGGUUAGUGGUGAUACUAGAGCUUCCGAAAAUAUUCAACUGGCCAUCAUUCAUACGAUUUGGAUAAGGGAACAUAACUUUCAAGCACAAAAAAUACUCCAAGAAAAUCCUGAUUUGGCGGGAAAAGAUGAGGAGAUUUAUCAAAGGGCACGUAGAAUUACAAUAGCGGAAUAUCAACAUGUGGUAUUUGAUGAAUAUUUACCCGCCGCAAUCGGAUUUAAGAUGCCCCAAUAUGCCGGUUACGAUGAAAACAUUUACGUCGAUACAACUACCUAUUUCUCGACCGCGGCAUUUCGCUAUGGUCAUUCUAAUGUUCGUCCUUAUAACAUCGUUGAUGGUUGUACCGGCGAAUUGGUCGCUUUACAUCCGGAUUAUGAACCGACAAGUUCUCAUCCAAAUAGGUUCUUUUACGUUGGUAGAUCUAUUGGCGUCGAUCCCCCGCCAAACUCUGGAUUAACGCGUGAACAAUUGGACUAUACGCCUGCUCGUAUGAUCGCUUUGGCCUCUGGUACCGGUAACGGUGUUGAUAACAUUGUCACCAGUAUGUUGAGAGAACCGACUGCAGAAUUUGAUAUUAUGUUUUCUAAUGCUCUCAGGCAUAUGCCUGGUAUCAUCGAUUUAUUCGCUAUAGAUAUUGCAAGAGGCCGAUUGAAUGGACUUCAACCUUAUAAUGAAUAUCGAAAAGCCUAUCAUCCAGCAGGAGACGUAUAUAAUAACCGAGCGUGUGACAUCAAUGCAGCUGAGGAUCCCGUUGAAUGUUUCUCAGUAAUCACAUCAAAUGUAACUUUAGCGUCAAACCUUCAAUACCUUUAUAAAAAAGUGAACUUUAUUGACGCAAUAGUUGGUAUGUUUGCGGAAGAUAAACAGGCCUCAACAUCUCCACUUCCACCAACGAUCACUAACAUACUUCGAGAAGAAUUUGAAAAGAAACGUAUGGGUGAUAGAUUUUGGUACGAAGGAAAGGAAUUUACAGCACAAGAAAUUGCGGCUAUUAAAGCUGUUACCAUGAAACAAAUCAUUGAAAGAAAUACGAAUGUUAUCAAUGUGCAAGUUAAUCCUUUCAAAAAUCCCGGUGCAAACGAAACUCCAC